UGAUGUGAGCACUCCAACAAGUUGCAGGACAAUUAUCGCAUAGAAUUGUACGAAUAUCAUUCGUUAGAGUCUGUAAACCAUUAGUUUAUAACAAUUUUCAUAACAGGGAUGUUAUAUGUAUGCUGUUAAGUUCCGAAAAUUCCAAUAUGAUACAGAAAAACUGUGUGACAUAUGUUCAACCUCUCUUAUCACUUGCCUGAGUACCAGCAUUUGUUAACAGUACAGUGGUGUUGUCAAUUGUAAUGUGUGUUUCAGAUAAAUUAACGAUCAGAGGAGCUUCUAUAUUUCCAAAUGUUUUGAAUCAUGGAAGAUAGCGGUAUUGACAGUGAUCCCAAAGCCGUUAACCACGUUGAGGAUGAGAGACUCUUCUUGGGCAGUGAUAGCAGUUGUAGCAGCAACCACACGCAGGUUCCUCAACGGAGCACAACGAAACAGUUGCAAAAGAAACUGGAGACACGCAUCGAACAGGCAAAACGAAUUCAACGCAACUCGGAUUACAUAAAACUUCCAAAGUACGACAAUGAAAAUGCAAGCAGUUCUGCCGGGUUGAUAUCAAUUCAGAGAUUGCCUAUACCACAUAAAAAUAAGGAGCACCUGCCUCUAGUCGAAUACUGGCACAGCGAAAGUGAAAGUGAGGACGAAAUGACUCUCUUUCCGGCGAAAUCGAAGGAUUCCUCGAAGCACAAACAGGAUCUCACAGACACGUUCAGCAUCGGGGAAUUGAGCGACGAGAGCGAGGACUCCUUGAACCUGGACCCGGCGCAACCGCCGCAUCCCUUCAUGCGUACUUACGUACCUUCCGGGUGUUUCGCUUGCCAUUGCCACAUAUUGUAAUGUAAUAUAGUUUGCACACACUGGACUGAUCGCAUUUUUUCAAACUGAUUGACACUUAAGUAUCAAGUAUGCCAUUGAAAGCAUUUACAUAUUGUAUUUUUACCGAGUUACGUUUCUUCCAAGUUUAUCUUAAGAUAUGUCAGUUUGUUGUAUCAUAUUGAAUCAUCAUUGUUUUACAGAGAACGCGCUUAAAUUAUUAAAAUUAUUUUACUAAA